AUGACUAUCAACUACUGCUCCCUGUUGCGCCCACUUGACCUCAGGUGCCGUGAACGCCACCACCCCGUUCCGCCGCUCUCCUUGCCCACGCUGGCCAGCCACGGCUACCUCCCGCACGACGGCAAGAGCAUCACGGUGGACCAGGCGCUGGCCGUGGUCAUGGACAAGUUCAACAUUGCGGAGGACCUGGCGGCCGUCAUGGGCGGCCUGUCGCCGGAUCUCUUCGACAUGAACAACCUGUCCAAGCACAACGACAAGGUGGAGCACGACGCGUCGCUGGCCCGUAUCGACUCGUACUUUGGUGCGGAUCCGUACGUCAUCACCCCUGGCCUCAUCAACGACGUCCUGAACUACGGACUGGACGGUUCCGUGGACGUCACAGACGUGGCCACGAUCCGCGCUGCUCGAGUGGCGUGGGGAAAGGAGCACAAUCCGAAGUUCGACUUCAGCGCGACCCCCGCGUUCAUCGCCGGCGCCGAGUCCGCUCUGUUCCUGCGUGGGUUCGGCGGUGACAACGGCAACUCGACGGCCACGACGUUCGUGGCUACCUUCUUCCUGCAGGAAAUGUUCCCCGAGGGCUGGACCAAGCCGGACACGUCCAUCACGUACGACGACGCUAUCACCACGAUCUCGUACUUGGAUGCUGUGGAUGUCUAA